AGGAUAUUCUCUCACCGAGAAGCGAGAAAGCAGAGAUCCAAGAUGAAGUUCUGGGUGAUUGGUUUGGGUCUUGCCUUCCUCUACGCUGCCCAUGCCACGCAUUAUGACUUUGAAAAGUGUGACCCAAAUAAGGAGUUCCCAAAGACCUGGUACACGCAGAUCUUUGCCACUAACAGCACCAUGCUUUCCGAGUAUUUAGAUGAAAUGAGCAUGGUGGCUGCCAACAUAACAAUCACGAAGGAUGGAAACUUCAAUGUCUCUUCCACUUUGCCAACGCCCUAUGGCUGUCUCAAAAUGGAUGUGGCCUUUACCAAAGGGGAAGAUGGAAGAUAUACCUGCUAUAACGAAUGGGGUAAAGGCGUCGUCCUAGAUGGGAAGACAGAUUGUAAGAGCUACUGCGUCGUCACGGCUGUACACACACGGGAUGGCGUCAAGUCCGUCUUUUUGACGCUUUAUGGUAUUGAAAAAAUUCCCACAAGAGAGUCCAAGCAGGUCUUUGCAAACCUGUUCGCAAAAAUGGGCUUGGAAGAGAAGUAUUUGGUACAAUUUCCCCCAGAAGUGGCCUGUAGAGAAUAAAGGCAAUAGGU